CUUUCCCCUGAACUCCAACCCUCGCUCUCUCUAUCAGCUUCUCAUUCCGUCUCAAUAUGUCUCAAGAUGGCGGCCAAUGCGGGAUCAAUGUUUCAAUAUUGGAAGCGUUUUGAUUUACAACAACUGCAGAGAGAACUAGACGCCACCGCCACACAGCUAGCCAACAGACAGGAUGAGAGCGAACAGUCCAGGAAGAAACUCAUCGACCAGAGCCGCGACUUCAAGAAGAACACGCCGGAGGAUGUAAGAAAACAGGUGGCUCUCCUGCUCAAGAGUUUCCAGGGAGAGAUCGAUGCCUUGAGCAAAAGAAGUAAAGAAGCAGAAGGUUCCUUCUUGAACGUCUACAAGAAAUUGAUAGAUGUUCCAGACCCUGUCCCUGUGCUGGAGUUGGGUCAGCAGUUACAGCUGAAGCUCCAGCGGAUGCACGACAUCCAGACAGAGAACCUCAAACUCCGAGAGACUCUAGAGGACUACAACAAAGAGUUUACUGAGGUCAAGAACCAGGAGGUGACUAUUAAAGCCCUGAAGGAGAAGAUCCGGGACUAUGAGCAGUCCCUGAAGAACCAGGCUGAGAACCUGGUCCAGGAGAAACAGGUCCAGCUCCACAAUGACUAUGCAGAGAAGGAGAGAACGCUCCAGGAGAGCCAGAACUCCAUGUCCUCUAAGCUGGUUGAGGCUGAUCACAAGGCCCAGGCCUUACAGACAGCUCUUGAAACAACUCAGGCAGAGCUCUUUGAUCUGAAGACUAAGUAUGACGAGGACUGCACAGCCAAGGCCGAUGAGAUUGAAAUGGUGAUGACAGAUCUGGAGAGAGCCAAUCAGAGAGCCGAGGCAGCACAGAGGGAGGCGGAAGCUCUGAGGGAGCAGCUGACCUCUUCUAACCAAUCCCUGCAGCUGACCACCCACAUUAAGCCCACCCCAGACACGGACCAGGCGGUGGAGGCCCUGUCCCGCUCCAGUCUGGAGGCAGAGCUGGGGGCCAAGGACAGGGAGAUGGUUCAGCUGGUGGAAGAUGUUGAGAGACUGCAGGCCAGCCUGUCUAAACUCAGAGAGAGUAGCAGCACACAGGUCACACAGCUGCAACUACAGCUCAGCACCAAGACGGCCAGCCUCAAGCAACUGGAGGAAAAGCUGCAGGAACAUGCUGACUAUGAAGAGGUGAAGAAAGAGCUGAGCAUCCUCAAGUCUAUGGAGUUUGGCCCAACUGACAGCUCAGUGCAGGACAUGUCUAAACCCCUAGAAGUGUUGUUGUUGGAGAAGAACCGUAGUCUGCAGUCUGAGAGUUCCUCUCUGCGCAUCGCCAACACAGAGCUGAGCGGACGCUACGCAGACCUGCAGCUGGAGUUCUCGUCUGCGGUCCGGACCAGCGCCGAGCAGAAGGAGCUCAUCCUCAAACUGGAACACGACCUGAGCAGCAUCCAGACCAUGUCCUCCCUGUCACGCCCUGAUGCUGAGGGGUCUGACCUGACCAGCAUGAUUGACAGCAUCCCUGAGCCAAUCAGAGAGGCCACUGCCAUGUUUACAGGUAUGGCCCCCCAGGGGGAGCUGCCUCAAGGCCAGAUGGACUCUCUCCUCUCCAUAAUCUCCAGCCAGAGAGAGAGGUUCCGUUCACGCAACCAGGAGCUGGAGGCUGAGAGUCGUUCCGUGCAGGUGACCAUGCAGGCCCUGCAGAGUGAGCUGGACAGCCUGCGUGCCGACAACAUCAAACUCUACGAGAAGAUCAAGUUCCUCCAGAGCUACCCUGGCAGGGCUGGAGGCAGUGAUGACACGGUUACGGUGCGUUACUCCUCCCAGUAUGAGGAGAGACUGGACCCCUUCGUCCUUCAGCAAGAGGGAACGCCAGCGCAGAUACCUGAGCCUCAGCCCCUGGGACAAGGUUACCUCAGCCUGAAAUGA